AGUAGAUACCCAUCAUCUCGCCUGGCCCCCUCAGGAACAGAGGGGAGGCCCCCCUGCCCGGAGCCUGGGUUUCAGGAGAAGUAGCAGGUGUCACUUCCUGGGCUGGCCAAAGCCUUCAUGGGGCCACCCGUUGCCCUGCCCCCCGUCCCCCAUUCCAGCUGUGAGUGGUGGUUUGGGAUGGGGGGGCGGCAGGGGGGGCUUGGAAACCCAGAGAGCCACGCGUGAUGGUUUCAAACAGGAGGUCAUUGGCAGACAGACCAGGGGCAAAAUCACAGUCAGCCGGGACCAAUGACUGAUCUCUCUGUGCCUCGGUUUCCUUCAUAAAGUUGGGGUUGCCUCUGAGGGCAUGGCAUGAAGAUUGGAUGAGCAGAUGUGUGUGAAUAGUUGGGUACAGGGUCGCACACAUACUGGUGCUCCGUGUGUAUCUGUCUGCCAGAGGUGGGGUGAGGCAAUCUAAUUGAAACUGUAAAAACAGUAGUGAGAUUCUUGGUUUCUGGGGAACUUGGGCUCCUUGGUUCUUGGGAUCUUCUAGAACAAUGUUGGCCGUAGGAAUUUCUCAUCUGUGCCAUCCAAUACAGCAGCCACCAGCCCCCAUGUGGCUACUGAGCCUUGGAAGAGAGGCUGGCACAGCUGAGGAGCUGGGCAUAUAAUUGUAUGUAUGUAUGUAUAUAUUUAUUUAUUUAAUUAUUAUUUUUUUAAGACAGAAUCUCACUCUUUCAACCAGGUUGGAGUGCAGUGGGGCAAUCUUGGCUCACUACAACCUCCGCCUCCCAGGUUCAAGCGAUUCUCCUGCCUCAUCCUCCCAAGUAGCUGGGACUACAGAUGGGGAAACUGAGGCACGGAGCUGGACAGUAACUCAGACACCAGGAGCCGCCUGGAGUGGAGCUGAGAGCUCAGGUCUGGGCUCAGCCAGUCCAGAGUGCAAAUCUACUGUCCCUUCCUAGCUGUGUGAUCUUGGCAAGUGACUUCCCCUCUGGGGGAGGGGAGGGCUCAGUUUUCCCAUCUGUGAAGUGGAUCAGAGCUUUCCUGUCAAGACAGGCACUGGACGGGGCCUGCAGGGGUCUCCACAGAGACCAUCAGGAUGUCGUAUUUUGGGGAGCAUUUUUGGGGCGAGAAAAAUCAUGGCUUUGAGGUCCUGUACCACAGCGUGAAGCAGGGGCCCAUCUCCACCAAGGAGCUGGCGGACUUCAUCCGGGAGAGGGCCACCAUCGAGGAGACCUACUCGAAGGCGAUGGCGAAACUCUCCAAGCUAGCCAGUAACGGGACCCCCAUGGGGACCUUCGCCCCGCUCUGGGAGGUCUUCCGCGUCUCCUCGGACAAGCUGGCGCUGUGCCACCUGGAACUGACACGGAAGUUACAGGAUCUCAUCAAGGACGUUCUUCGCUACGGCGAGGAACAGCUCAAGACCCACAAGAAGUGCAAGGAGGAAGUGGUGGGCACCUUGGAUGCUGUGCAGGUACUCUCGGGCGUCAGCCAGCUCCUGCCCAAGUCCCGCGAGAACUACCUGAACCGUUGCAUGGACCAGGAGCGGCUGCGGAGGGAGAGUACCAGCCAGAAGGAGAUGGACAAGGCAGAGACUAAAACCAAGAAGGCGGCAGAGAGCCUGCGGCGCUCAGUGGAAAAAUACAACUCAGCCCGAGCUGACUUUGAGCAGAAGAUGCUGGACUCAGCCCUGCGCUUCCAAGCCAUGGAGGAGACACACCUGAGGCACAUGAAGGCGCUGCUGGGCUCCUAUGCUCACUCGGUGGAGGACACGCACGUGCAGAUUGGGCAGGUGCAUGAGGAAUUUAAGCAGAACAUCGAGAACGUCAGCGUGGAGAUGCUACUCAGGAAGUUUGCAGAGAGUAAGGGCACAGGCCGGGAGAAGCCUGGACCUCUGGACUUCGAGGCAUACAGCGCGGCUGCCCUGCAGGAAGCGAUGAAACGUUUGCGGGGAGCCAAGGCCUUUCGCCUUCCUGGACUAAGCCGGCGGGAGCGGGAGCCGGAGCCACCUGCAGCUGUAGAUUUCCUGGAGCCCGAUUCAGGGACAUGUCCAGAGGUGGAUGAAGAAGGUUUCACUGUCCGGCCUGAUGUGACCCAGAACAGCACGGCCGAGCCCUCCCGUUUCUCGUCCAGCGACUCCGACUUCGACGAUGAAGAGCCCCGCAAGUUCUAUGUUCACAUCAAGCCCGCCCCAGCCCGGGCUCCAGCCUGCAGCCCUGAGGCAGCAGCGGCACAGCUCAGGGCCACCGCAGGCAGCCUCAUCCUUCCUCCUGGCCCAGGGGGCACCAUGAAACGCCAUUCUUCACGGGACGCUGCUGGGAAACCCCAGAGACCUCGGUCUGCCCCCAGAACCAGCAGCUGUGCAGAGAGAUUGCAGUCAGAGGAGCAGGUGUCCAAGAACCUCUUUGGGCCGCCCCUGGAGUCAGCCUUUGACCACGAAGAUUUUACAGGCUCUAGCAGCCUGGGCUUCACCUCCAGCCCCUCCCCUUUCUCCUCCUCGUCGCCCGAAAACGUGGAGGAUUCCGGCCUGGACUCUCCGUCCCACGCGGCACCUGGCCCCUCCCCAGAUUCCUGGGUCCCCCGCCCAGGCACCCCGCAGAGCCCGCCCAGCUGUAGGGCGCCACCCCCAGAGGCCAGGGGUAUCCGGGCACCGCCUCUGCCAGACUCGCCGCAGCCCCUCGCCCCGUCUCCAGGACCCUGGGGGCUGGAGGCCUUGGCCGGAGGAGACCUGAUGCCUGCACCUGCUGACCCCACAGCCAGGGAGGGCCUGGCAGCCCCACCCAGGAGACUUCGCUCUAGGAAGGUGUCCUGCCCUCUCACACGUAGCAACGGGGACCUGUCUCGUUCCCUGAGCCCCUCCCCACUGGGCUCUUCAGCCCCCAGCACUGCCUUGGAACGGCCCAGCUUCUUAUCCCAGACAGGACACGGAGUCUCCCGGGGUCCGAGCCCUGUGGUCCUGGGCUCCCAGGAUGCCCUGCCCAUAGCCACAGCCUUCACGGAGUACGUCCAUGCCUACUUCCGUGGCCACAGCCCCAGCUGCCUGGCUCGAGUAACUGGGGAGCUGACCAUGACCUUCCCUGCUGGCAUCGUGCGUGUGUUCAGCGGGACCCCACCCCCACCUGUCCUCAGCUUCCGGCUUGUACACACAACCUCUAUUGAGCACUUCCAGCCCAACGCCGAUCUGCUCUUCAGUGACCCCUCCCAGAGUGACCCUGAGACCAAAGACUUCUGGCUCAACAUGGCAGCUCUGACCGAGGCCCUGCAGCGCCAGGCAGAGCAGAACCCCACCGCCUCCUACUACAACGUGGUGCUGCUGCGAUACCAGUUCUCCCGCCCGGGUCCCCAGUCUGUGCCUCUGCAGCUCAGUGCCCACUGGCAGUGUGGGGCCACCCUCACCCAGGUCUCAGUGGAGUACGGCUACCGGCCCGGUGCCACGGCUGUGCCCACGCCGCUCACGAACGUCCAGAUCCUGCUGCCUGUGGGGGAGCCUGUGACCAACGUCCGCCUGCAGCCGGCCGCCACCUGGAACCUGGAGGAGAAGCGGCUCACUUGGAGGCUUCCAGAUGUGUCCGAGGCAGGGGGUUCUGGCCGCCUGUCUGCCAGCUGGGAGCCGCUCUCAGGGCCCAGCACACCCAGCCCCGUGGCUGCACAGUUCACCAGCGAGGGGGCCACUCUGUCGGGCGUGGACUUGGAACUGGUGGGCAGCGGUUACCGCAUGUCGCUGGUGAAGAGGAGGUUUGCCACAGGGAUGUACCUGGUGAGCUGCUGAACCCGCAAAUGCUGCUGCCCCAGCUCUACACUGCGCCCUGGUGCUGGCUGACCGCCCCCUGCCCUCCUGCUGGACCCUGGGGCCUCCCACCCCAGCCUCCCUGAGGCCCAUACUCCACGGAGAGGAGCCCCACGCCCAGCCUGGCUGAGCCCGAGAUUCGCUCCUCCCCCUCAUGCCAACCCCACACAGGUCCUGGCCUUUUAACGUUCUUUGAAUAAACACUUUAUUUUCUAAUAAAAUAAAAAAGGAAACCUUUUCCUGCUC